AUGUGCUGUCGUAUUUUUUCCUUUUUUUUUAUUUUUAGUAUUUUUUCUUCAUUCCUUCAAAAAUUUUCAUUUUUUUGUCUUUUCUUUUCAAAGUUUACUCUUUCUGUUCACAUUGAUCUCUCUCUCUCUCUCUCUCUUUUUUUCUCUGACCUCUUCUUGCUUCAAUAUCCUCUUUCUCUUCCUCUCUCACUUUUUCCAUCUUCAAUUUCUUCUCUUUUUUUCCCCUCUUCAAUCUCCUCUCUUUCUUUUUCCCCUCUUCAAUCUCCUCUCUCUCUUUUUCACUCUUCAAUCUCCUCCUCUCUCUUUUUCACUCUUCAAUCUCCUCUUUCUUUUUCCCUCUUCAAUCUCCUCUCACUUUUCCCUCUUCAAUUUCCUAUCUCUUAUUCCCUCUUCAAUAUCCUCUUUGUUUUUCCUUCUUCAAUUUCCUCUUUGUUUUUCCUUCUUCAAUUUCCUCUCUCUCAUUUUCUCUCUUCAAUUUUGUCACUCUCUUUUUCCCUUUUCAAUUUCCUCUGUCAAUCCUCUUUCUUCAUUUUCUUCUAUCUCUCUUCAAUUUCCUCUCUUUCUUUUUCCUCUUUAAUCGCCACUCUUUUUUUUUCCCUCUUCAAUUUCUUUUUUCUUUUUUCCUCAUCAGUUUCCUUUCUUACUUUUUCCUCUUCAAUUUUUUCUCUUUCUUUUUUCCUCUUCAAGUUCCUCCCUCACUCAUUUUCUCUCUCUCUCUUUCCUCUUCAAUUUUCUUUCUCUCUUCUACCGUCUCUAAUUUCCUCUCCUUCUUAUCCCCUCUUCAAUCUCCUCUCUUCAGUUUCCUUUCUCUCUUUUUUCCUCUUCAAUAUCCUCUCUCUUUUAAAUUUUCUCUUUCUUUUUCCCUCUUCAAUUUCCUCCAGUUCUUUCUCCUCUUUUCAAUUUUCUUUUUUUUUUCCUUGUCAAUAUCCUCUCUCUCUUUGUCUUCAGUUCCUCUCUCUAAACUACUCUCUUUCUUUUUCCCUCUUCAAUUUCCUUUCUUUUUCCCUCUUCAAUUUCCUCUGUCUCUUUUUUCAUCUUCUCUUUUUCUUUCUCCCUAUUCAGUUCCCUCUCUUUUUUCUCCCUCUUCAAUCUUUUCUCUUUCUUUUUUCCCUUCCAUCUCUUUUUUCCUCUUCAAUCUCCUCUUUCUUUUCCCCCUUUCAAUAUACUCCCUCUCUUUUUCUCACUUCAAUUUCCUCUUUCUUUUUCCCCUCUUCAAUUUCCUCUGUUUUUAUCCUUUUCAAUUUCCUCACUCUCUUUUUUCAUCUUCAAUCUCCUCUCUCUUUUUUGCUCUUUCUUUUCCCCCUCUUCAAUUUCCUCUUUCUUUUUCCUCCUCUUCAAUUUCCUCUUUCUUUUUCCCCCUCUUCAAUUUCCUCUUUCUUUUUCCCCCUCUUCAAUUUCCUCUUUCUUUUUCCCCCUCUUCAAUUUCCUCUCUUUCUUUUUCCCCCUCUUCAAUUUCCUCUCUGUCUUUAUCCCAUUCAAUUUCCUUUCUUUUUUUUCUUCUUCAAUCUACUCCCUCUUUCUUCCCUCCUGAAAAAUGUUCAAGGUAUGAUACCUUUAUUUCUUUAUUUUAUAAAAUACAUUCUUUUUCUUUGUCAUUUUUUUCUUUGGAUCAAUGUCCAUUUUUUCCUUCCUCUUUUCUUCACCACUGCUUUCUCUCUUCCAUCUCUUAAAACUUCCUCUCUUAUUUUUUUUCUUCUUCUUCUUCUUUUUUAA